AUGUCGAUUAAAUUUUUGUUUUUAUUAGCCGGUUUCGUCGCAUUGACAUGGGCGAAAUGUGAAGAUGGUGUUGAUAAUAUUAUUAAAUUCACUGACACAACAAAAGGUGAGAAAUAGUUUGUUUUUUACAAGUGAAGUGGAAAAUUAAUACUUUCAGAAAAAGGAAAAAUUAUUUUCACCGACUUCGAAGUUGCGACAUAUGAUGAACACAAAGAGCCAUCAUGUACUGGAGGAAAACCAGAAUUCAGAUUGCCAGGACAUUUCAAAGUUCACAAAGGAUUCAUUCAAGUAAAUGAAGCUCUCACUAAAGAAGAAGAUUUGGAACUUGCAUUGAAUGUUGAAAAGGAUAGUUUUAUGAUUGGAAAAGUUUGCGAGAAUGGAAAAUCACAAAACUCGUUUGUUCCUGAUCAACUUUGGUGAGUAUUUUGAAUUUUUCGAAUGAUCCUACAAUUUAAAACAAAGAAUAAUUUUUAACCAAAGAGUAUAAGAAGAUUAAAUGUUUCCAAAGUGUCAAUAAUUUUUAUCAUUUUUGUUAAUUUCAGCAAAUUCCAAUUGUGCAAUUUGGCUCCAAGUGUUUGCGCUGUUCUUCGGAUAAAAACAAAUGGCCCAAUCGAUGUUCUUCCGUUCAUGCAAAAAGAGCCAAUCGAUAUUGGAGCAUUGCCAAUUCCACAACUUGGAGGAAAAUGGAAAUUUGGAGCUAAGAUUUUACAAAACUCAAAAGCUAUUGCUGGAGUUCAACUUGGAAAUGGAAAACAAUGGUUGAGUAUUCAUUCAGAAGAAGGAUUGGGAGGUGGAAUCAAUUAUGAUCCAAUCCCACCACCACCGCAAUCAAAAUUCGAUGAUGAACUUUAG